UGGGCGGGGUGCGGUGGGAGUGGGACUCUGGUCCUGGAUGUUUCUGGGCGGAGCGAGCCCCUUGAACAACGCUGUGCUCAGCGUUGGAAAGGUAGGGUUGGUCUGUUUCCCAGUUUUACUGUCCUCGCCACUCCGGCCCGCACACAGCGUCAUGGCCCAGCAACCGCCCGACGUUGAGGAGGACGAUUGUCUUUCUGAAUACCACCACCUCUUCUGUCCGGACCUUCUCCAGGACAAGGUGGCCUUUAUCACAGGUGGUGGUUCUGGGAUUGGCUUCCGGAUUGCUGAGAUUUUCAUGAGGCAUGGCUGCCACACUGUCAUCGCCAGCAGGAGUCUACCAAGAGUGUCCACGGCCGCUGAGAAGUUGGUUGCUGCCACUGGGAAGCGGUGCCUCCCUCUGUCUAUGGAUGUCCGAGCUCCCCCAGCUGUCAUGGCUGCUGUGGACCAGGCACUGAAAGAGUUUGGCAAAGUUGACAUCCUUAUUAACUGUGCAGCUGGAAACUUCCUAUGCCCUGCCAGCGCUUUGUCUUUCAACGCCUUUAAGACUGUGGUUGACAUUGACACCAUCGGCACCUUCAAUGUGUCUCGUGUGCUUUAUGAGAAGUUCUUCCGGGACCAUGGAGGAGUGAUUGUGAACAUUACUGCCACUCUCAGUAUGCGGGGGCAGGUGCUGCAGCUCCAUGCAGGCGCUGCUAAGGCAGCCGUGGAUGCUAUGACACGACACUUGGCUGUGGAGUGGGGUCCCCAUAAUAUCCGUGUCAACAGCCUGGCUCCUGGUCCCAUCAGUGGUACAGAGGGGAUGCGGCGAUUGGGGGGACCCCAGGACACUUUGCAAUUAAAGAGUUUUUCAAGCCCUGUGCAAAGACUUGGAAACAAGACGGAGAUUGCCCACAGUGUGCUCUACCUGGCCAGCCCACUGGCUUCCUAUGUCUCAGGGAUUGUGCUGAUAGUUGAUGGUGGCAGCUGGAUGACAUUCCCAAAUGACCUCAAGCAACUGGCAGAGUUUGGAUCCACCUCUGCUAAGCUCUAGAUUGUAUGUGCCUCAGGCUAUCUUCAAAUCGCCGCAUAGCUGAAGAUGACUUUGAACUUCUGAUUAUCCCGUCUCUACCCCCAAGUGUUGGAAUUAUAAGAGGGCCACCAUGCCCACUUUUUUGCAGUGCUGAAGAUCACACCCAAGGCAUCACGCACAGUAUCAACUGAACUACAUCCUCUGCGGAGGAUACAUCUUUUGACAAACAAACAUUGUAUUAAAAAAUGUAUCCAGGAGGCAGUAUUCUUCCUGGGAAAUGCCCCCUGCCUCACAGAAAUAUUGAAUGUGCGUUUGGAAAUCCUAGCCAUCUAGCCCUUCCUCUGGGGACCAAGCUGUUUCCAUGCUCUGUGUCUCCAAAGCCCACAUCUCAGGGGGGUAGGACUAGGUCAUGAGCCUAGCCUGAUGUUUGCUUAUGGUGUCUGAAGGGUUCCUUUGAUUUUUGACAGAAAAUUGUGUUUUCUUUUUAAAAAUAAAUUUUUACUAUAAAAAUAUC